CCACAGCCUCCUACUGAAAGGUGAUACUUUGGAGGCUGGGUUCCCUUAGUCACCCUGUGGGCACUUGUGAGACUAGAUGAGAAUGGAGCUGGUGGCCGUGUCCCCAGUGUCGGUGUCUGAAUGGUCUUGCUUCUCUUUUUAACCUGCCUGGUUUUUUCCUGCCUGACGUUUUCCUGGUUAAAACUCUGGGGGACAAUGACAGACUUCAAGCCACUCAGCAGCAGUAAGGAGGAAGCGAGUCUUCUUUCAAGCGAGGAAUCAGACAGGUCAGCGGAGCCCCUGCAAAAACAUGGCGACUGCAGCAAUCUGGACACUCCGGACCAGGAGAAGCCAGCCUCCCACAGAGGCCCCAGAGAUGCCAGUUGUCAGAACUCCCUGCCCCCCUCACACCAGAAGCCUCCAAGGAAUCCACUGUCUUCCAAUGACACCUGGCCCUCCCCAGAACUCCAAACCAAUGGGACAGCAGCCCAAGGCUCAGAAGUCCCAGGUACCAAUGGUUUAUCCUCUCCUGCCAGGCCUCCAGGCCAGCAAGCCAAACCCCCCUCCAGAGAGGACAAGAAACAGGCACACAUCAAGAGACAGCUGAUGACCAACUUUAUCCUGGGCUCCUUCGAUGACAACUCCUCUGAUGAGGACCCCAGUGCUGGCUCCUUCAGGGAUUCUCCCCGGAAGGGCAGCAGGCCCAGCCUGGGCACCCUGUCUCUGGAGGCUGCACCAAACUCAAGUGACCCUGAGUCCCACACACCCACUAUGAGACCCAGCAUGUCCGGACUCCACCUGGUGAAGAGAGGCCGUGAACAUAAGAAACUGGACCUGCACAGAGAUUUCACUGUCGCGUCCCCAGCUGAGUUUGUCACCCGCUUUGGGGGCAACAGGGUCAUCGAGAAGGUGCUCAUUGCCAACAACGGCAUUGCUGCGGUCAAGUGUAUGCGCUCCAUCCGCCGCUGGGCCUAUGAGAUGUUCCGGAAUGAACGUGCCAUCCGGUUUGUGGUCAUGGUGACCCCUGAGGACCUUAAAGCCAAUGCAGAGUACAUCAAAAUGGCGGAUCAGUAUGUUCCUGUCCCGGGAGGACCCAACAACAACAACUAUGCCAACGUGGAGCUGAUCAUAGACAUCGCUAAGAGAAUCCCUGUGCAGGCCGUGUGGGCUGGCUGGGGCCAUGCUUCGGAAAACCCCAAACUUCCGGAGCUGCUGCGCAAGCACGAGAUUGCUUUCCUAGGUCCCCCCAGUGAGGCCAUGUGGGCCCUGGGAGAUAAGAUCGCCUCCACCAUCGUAGCCCAGACAUUGCAGAUCCCAACCCUGCCCUGGAGCGGAAGUGGUCUCACAGUGGAGUGGACGGAGGACAGCCGGCAGCAGGGCAAAUGCAUCAGUGUCCCAGAAGAUGUCUAUGAGCGAGGCUGUGUGAAGGAUGUGGAUGAAGGCUUGGAGGCAGCCGAAAAGGUUGGAUUUCCACUGAUGAUCAAAGCCUCCGAAGGCGGCGGAGGGAAGGGCAUCCGCAAGGCUGAGCGAGCAGAGGACUUCCCCAUGCUCUUCAGACAGGUGCAGAGUGAGAUCCCGGGCUCGCCUAUCUUUCUCAUGAAGCUGGCCCAGAACGCACGGCACCUGGAGGUGCAGGUCUUAGCGGAUCAGUACGGAAAUGCUGUGUCACUGUUUGGACGUGACUGCUCCAUCCAAAGGAGGCACCAGAAGAUUAUCGAGGAGGCGCCAGCCACCAUAGCUGCUCCAGCGGUGUUUGAGUUCAUGGAACAGUGUGCUGUCCUCCUGGCCAAGACUGUGGGCUACGUCAGUGCCGGGACGGUGGAAUACCUGUACAGCCAGGACGGCAGCUUCCACUUCUUGGAGCUAAACCCGCGCUUGCAGGUGGAACAUCCGUGCACUGAAAUGAUUGCAGAUGUGAACCUGCCCGCUGCGCAGUUGCAAAUCGCCAUGGGUGUGCCCCUGCACCGGCUGAAGGACAUACGGCUUCUGUAUGGAGAAUCUCCCUGGGGAGUGACCCCCAUUUCUUUUGAGAGCCCUCCGAGCCCUCCCAUUGCCCGAGGUCAUGUCAUUGCAGCCAGGAUCACCAGUGAAAACCCGGAUGAGGGUUUUAAGCCAAGCUCCGGGACAGUCCAGGAGCUGAACUUCCGCAGCAACAAGAAUGUGUGGGGCUACUUCAGUGUGGCGGCUGCCGGAGGCUUGCAUGAGUUUGCCGAUUCCCAGUUUGGGCACUGCUUCUCCUGGGGCGAGAACCGUGAAGAGGCCAUUUCCAACAUGGUAGUGGCUUUAAAGGAGCUGUCCAUUCGGGGUGACUUCCGGACCACUGUGGAAUAUCUGGUGAACCUUCUGGAGACCGAGAGCUUCCAGAACAAUGAUAUCGACACGGGGUGGCUGGACCAUCUCAUCGCUGAGCGGGUGCAGGCAGAGAAGCCAGACAUCAUGCUCGGGGUGGUGUGUGGGGCCUUAAACGUGGCGGACGCGAUGUUCAGAACCUGCAUGACGGAUUUCUUGCACUCCCUGGAAAGGGGUCAGGUCCUCCCGGCUGAUUCUCUGCUGAACAUUGUGGAUGUUGAGUUGAUUUACGGAGGCAUUAAGUACAUUCUCAAGGUGGCCCGGCAGUCCCUGACUGUCUUCGUUCUCAUCAUGAACGACUGCCACAUCGAGAUUGAUGCCCACCGGCUGAACGACGGGGGGCUGCUCCUGUCCUACAACGGCAGCAGUUACACCACGUACAUGAAGGAAGAGGUGGACAGUUACCGGAUCACUAUCGGCAAUAAGACGUGUGUGUUUGAAAAGGAGAACGACCCCACAGUCCUGAGAUGCCCCUCGGCUGGGAAGCUGACACAGUACACAGUGGAGGAUGGAGACCACGUCGAAGCAGGGAGCAGCUACGCUGAGAUGGAGGUGAUGAAGAUGAUCAUGACCCUGAGUGUGCAGGACAGCGGCAGGGUGAGGUACGUCAAGCGCCCAGGGGCCGUACUGGAGGCCGGCUGUGUGGUGGCGAGGCUGGAACUCGAUGACCCUUCAAAAGUGCAUGCGGCACAGCCAUUCACAGGGACACUGCCUGCCCAGCAGACCCUGCCCAUCCUCGGGGAGAAGCUGCACCAGGUGUUCCACAGCGUCUUAGAAAAUCUGACCAACGUCAUGAGUGGCUACUGCCUGCCCGAGCCGUUCUUCAGCACAAAGCUGAAGGAGUGGGUCCAAAAGCUCAUGAUGACACUCCGGCACCCAUCCCUACCUCUCCUGGAGCUGCAGGAGAUCAUGACCAGCGUGGCAGGCCGCAUCCCAGCACCCGUGGAGAAGGCCGUCCGCAGGGUGAUGGCCCAGUAUGCCAGCAACAUCACUUCAGUGUUGUGCCAGUUCCCCAGCCAGCAGUGCUGGGCCUCAGGCAUGCUAGGCAAGCACUCUACCACUGAGCUACACCCCGAGCUCCUGAAGAUAGCCACCAUCCUGGACUGCCACGCCGCCACGCUGCAGCGGAAGGCAGAGCGCGAGGUCUUCUUCAUGAACACACAGAGCAUCGUGCAGCUGGUCCAGAGGUACCGCAGCGGGACCCGUGGCUACAUGAAGACCGUGGUGCUGGACCUACUGCGGAAGUAUCUGAAUGUGGAACAUCAUUUCCAGCAAGCCCACUAUGACAAGUGUGUCAUCAACCUAAGGGAGCAGUUCAAGCCGGACAUGACCCAGGUGCUGGACUGCAUCUUCUCACACGCACAGGUGGCCAAGAAGAACCAGCUGGUGAUCAUGCUGAUAGAUGAACUCUGUGGCCCAGACCCCACCCUGUCAGACGAGCUGACCUCCAUCCUCAAUGAGCUCACGCAGCUGAGCAGGAGCGAGCACUGCAAGGUGGCCCUCAGAGCCAGGCAGGUCCUGAUUGCCUCCCACCUCCCCUCCUACGAGCUGCGACACAACCAGGUAGAAUCCAUCUUCCUGUCUGCCAUUGACAUGUACGGCCACCAGUUCUGCCCAGAAAACCUCAAAAAACUGAUACUUUCUGAAACGACGAUAUUCGACGUCCUGCCAACUUUCUUCUACCACGCUAACAAGGUCGUCUGUAUGGCGUCGCUGGAGGUUUAUGUGCGGAGAGGCUACAUCGCCUAUGAGUUAAACAGCCUACAGCACCGGGAGCUCCCAGAUGGCACCUGCUUUGUGGAGUUCCAAUUCAUGCUGCCGUCUUCCCACCCCAACCGGAUGGCCAUGCCUGUCACCGUCUCUAACCCUGACCUGCUCAGACACAGCACGGAACUCUUCAUGGACAGUGGCUUCUCCCCACUGUGCCAGCGCAUGGGGGCCAUGGUCGCCUUCAGGAAAUUUGAAGAGUUCACCAGGAACUUUGAUGACGUCAUCUCCUGCUUUGCCAACGUGCCUAAAGACACUCCCCUCUUCAGGAAGGCCUGCACCUCCCUGUAUGAGGAUGGCAAGAGCGUUCGAGAGGAGCCCAUCCACAUCCUGAAUGUGGCCAUCCAGUGCGCUGAGCACCUGGAGGACGACGCGCUGGUGCCAAUUCUCCGCACCUUUGUGCAGUCCAAGAAACACAUUCUCAUGGACUAUGGACUCCGAAGGAUCACAUUCCUUAUCGCCCAAGAGAGAGAAUUUCCCAAGUUCUUCACGUUCAGAGCGAGAGACGAGUUUGCAGAAGACCGGAUUUAUCGCCACUUGGAGCCUGCCCUGGCUUUCCAGCUGGAGCUGAGCCGGAUGCGCAACUUUGACCUGACCGCUGUGCCCUGUGCCAACCAUAAGAUGCAUCUUUACCUGGGUGCCGCCAAGGUGAAGGAAGGGCUGGAGGUGACCGACCACAGGUUCUUCAUCCGCGCCAUCAUCCGGCACUCGGACUUGAUCACCAAGGAAGCCUCCUUCGAGUACCUGCAGAAUGAAGGGGAGCGGCUGCUCCUGGAAGCCAUGGACGAGCUGGAGGUGGCGUUCAACAACACCAGUGUGCGCACCGACUGCAACCAUAUCUUCCUCAACUUUGUGCCCACUGUCAUCAUGGACCCGCUCAAGAUCGAGGAGUCAGUGCGAGCCAUGGUCAUGCGCUACGGCAGCCGGCUGUGGAAGCUUCGAGUGCUGCAGGCAGAGGUCAAGAUCAACAUCCGCCAGACGACAACAGGCAGUGCUAUCCCCAUCCGCCUGUUCAUCACCAACGAGUCUGGCUACUACCUGGACAUCAGCGUCUACAAAGAAGUGACUGACUCCAGAUCCGGAAACAUCAUGUUUCAUUCCUUCAGCAACAAGCAAGGAAGCCUGCAUGGCAUGCUCAUCAACACAGCCUACGUCACCAAAGAUCUGCUCCAGGCCAAGCGAUUCCAGGCGCAGUCCCUGGGGACCACCUAUGUGUAUGACUUCCCGGAGAUGUUCAGACAGGCUCUCUUUAAACUGUGGGGCUCCCCAGAAAAGUACCCCAAAGAUAUCCUGACAUACACAGAGCUUGUGUUGGACUCCCAGGGACAGCUGGUGGAGAUGAACCGGCUUCCUGGUGGGAAUGAGGUGGGGAUGGUGGCCUUCAAGAUGAGGUUUAAGACCCCGGAGUAUCCAGACGGUCGGGACGUCAUCGUCAUCAGCAAUGACAUCACCUUCCAAAUCGGCUCUUUCGGCAUAGAGGAGGACUUCCUGUAUCUGCGGGCAUCUGAGAUGGCCCGGGCAGAGGGCAUCCCCAAAAUCUACUUGGCUGCCAACAGUGGGGCCCGUAUGGGUCUGGCCGAGGAGAUCAAGCAGAUAUUCCAAGUGGCUUGGGUGGACCCAGAGGACCCCCACAAAGGAUUUAGAUACCUGUACCUGACGCCCCAAGACUACACCCAGAUCAGCGCCCAGAACUCCGUGCACUGCAAGCACAUUGAGGAUGAAGGUGAAUCCAGAUAUGUCAUCAUGGAUAUCAUAGGGAAGAGUGCCAACCUAGGCAUGGAGAACCUGAGGGGCUCAGGCAUGAUUGCAGGAGAGGCCUCCCUGGCUUACGAAGAAAUUGUCACCGUCAGCAUGGUGACCUGCCGCGCCCUCGGAAUUGGGGCCUACUUGGUGAGACUUGGCCAGCGGGUGAUCCAGGUGGAAAACUCCCACAUCAUCCUCACUGGAGCCAGUGCUCUCAACAAGGUCCUGGGAAGAGAGGUCUACACGUCCAACAACCAGCUGGGAGGUGUGCAGAUCAUGCACAACAAUGGGGUCUCCCACAUCACUGUGCCAGAUGACUUCGAGGGAGUCUGUACCAUUCUGGAAUGGCUGUCAUAUAUACCGAAGGACAAUCGCAGCCCAGUCCCCAUCAUCACUCCUACUGACCCCAUCGACAGGGAAAUUGAAUUCAUCCCAUCCAAAGCUCCCUAUGACCCCAGGUGGAUGCUUGCAGGGAGGCCUCACCCAACUCUGAAGAGUUCCUGGCAGAGCGGAUUCUUCGACCAUGGCAGUUUCAUGGAAAUCAUGGCACCCUGGGCUCAGACCGUGGUGACCGGACGAGCAAGGUUGGGGGGCAUCCCCGUGGGGGUGAUUGCCGUGGAGACUCGGACUGUGGAGGUGGCUGUUCCUGCUGACCCUGCCAACCUGGAUUCUGAAGCCAAGAUCAUCCAGCAGGCGGGCCAGGUGUGGUUCCCAGACUCUGCCUACAAGACAGCACAGGCCAUCAGGGAUUUCAACCGCGAGCACCUGCCCCUCAUCAUCUUUGCCAACUGGAGAGGCUUCUCGGGUGGCAUGAAGGACAUGUAUGAGCAGAUGCUGAAGUUUGGAGCCUACAUCGUGGACGGCCUCCGGCAGUACAAGCAGCCAAUUCUCACCUAUAUCCCGCCUUAUGCCGAGCUCCGUGGGGGCUCAUGGGUUGUCCUGGACUCCACCAUCAACCCCCUGUGCAUCGAGAUGUAUGCCGACAAAGAGAGUAGGGGCGGUAUUCUAGAGCCGGAGGGCACUGUGGAGAUUAAGUUCCGGAAGAAAGAUCAGGUGAAGACCAUGAGAAGGAUAGACCCGGUGUGCAAGAAGCUCGUGGCACAGCUGGGGACAGCCCAGCUCCCUGACAAGGACCGCAAGGAGCUGGAGGGCCAGCUGAAGGCCCGAGAGGACCUGCUGUUCCCCAUCUACCACCAGGUGGCAGUGCAGUUCGCCGACCUGCACGACACGCCCGGCCAGAUGCUGGAGAAGGGAAUCAUCUCGGACGUGCUGGAAUGGAAGACUGCACGCACCUUCUUAUACUGGAGGCUGCGCCGGCUGCUGCUGGAGGCUCAGGUGAAGCAGGAGAUUCUCCAUGCCAGCCCCGAGCUGAGCCAUGAACACACACAGUCCAUGCUGCGACGCUGGUUUGUGGAGACUGAGGGCCCUGUCAAGGCCUACCAGUGGGACAGCAACCAGGUGGUGGUCCAGUGGCUGGAACAGCACUGGUCAGCCAGGGACGGCCUGCGCUCCACCAUCCGUGAGAACAUCAAUUACCUGAAGCGGGACACUGUCCUCAAGACUAUCCAGAGUCUGGUUCAGGAAAACCCAGAGGUGACCAUGGACUGUGUGGCGUACCUGAGCCAGCACCUCAGCCCGGCUGAGCGGAUACAGGUGGCUCAGCUGUUGUCUACGAUGGAGAGCCCGGCUUCCCCCUGAGGUACUCUGGACCACGGGAACGGCCAUACGGCAGGCCUUCGCAGGACCCUGGGGCUUGUUUUGGGAAAACCCACAAAGCCAUCCUGAGCACUCUACAAAUGCAGCUGCUGUUCCUGACCAGCAUCUUCCUGGACAAAAGGCCCCUGUGGUUCUGCCGGGCAGGCACAGCCUCCCCUUCCCUGGGAACCCGAGGGUUUGUCCCAGUGGAUAACUCCGAGUAAACUGAACCAGGCACCCCGAGUUCUUGUGCUUUGCCUGGAAUGGGGGUCCAGUGUCUCGGCUCACUAUCUCAUCUCAAGGCGCUUGCACACUGGUUCACGCUCAGCAGCUCUUGUCCCUCAACAGAAUAAAUGUGCUAAAGAAAACACCAGAAAAGACCCAAGAAAACCUCUUUUUGUGACAAGGCUUAUCACGAUACUUAGUCAGCCAAGCAAGGGCAAAAACAAUUUCCUUUGUUCAAUUAAGAGAAUAAAAUGGCAUUUUGUUCUCCAAGUGGCCCUCCUGAGACAGGAAGACCGUCCUAUGGACGAGCUGGUUCCAAAGAUGAAGAGAACAAUGGGUUGGAUACUUGGUGUCCGGCAGAGCUGGAGGACUCCUCGUGGCUCAGCUCCCAGGCUCUGUUAGCCUUCUCUUCCCAAGUGGAGCAGGGACUGGACCCCAUGCCUCCUACAGAUUGGCCACCCUUUGGGUACCAAGUACCCUCCUGCCUGAGCACAGAGAAGCUGUCCCUAAACACAGCCAGUGUCGCCACUUCGCCCCUCCACUUCCUCAUCGUGUGCCUUGAUACCGUGGCGGGAGCCACUGGCUCUGGGGCUGUGCUGCAGGCACCCCGGAUUUGCUCACGAAGACUGCCAGCACCCGCAGGCCCCACAGCAGCAGGGUCUGAGAGAGAUAUUCUAUGCCAGUGACAGAGGCCGGGGAUGUCAGCCACCACCUACUGUCCUUCUGGGCAGUGUCUGAUGGCAUGGAGCAUCACCCCGGGCUGAGGCCACAGUCACCCAGGGAACCGGCUGCAAGCCAGGCUACUUGAGGUUCCCCAGGUUAAAAGAGAAAGGCCCAGCCACCAGCCAGUGACAGCCCUGGCAGCUGAGGGGGGCUGGGAGGAGUGGAGAUUCUGGGGGAUGAAGGGCUGUUCUGGGCAAGGCCCUCUUGGCGUUGGAGGAGAGCCCAGACUGUGAGUAGCUGCUGCCCUGACCGUCCACUUGAACUGAAGAGGCUGCCGGGAGAUCAACAAAAUAAACUAUUUUUUUGAAGGAA